AUGUUGUUGAUUCAUCAAUAAUUUAAUGAAUUAUUUAGAAUCAUUCGUUGUUGUUGUUGUUGUUAUUGUGUUAAAACAAAUGUGACAAUGUUCCUCAUUCACAUGACAUUUGUUGUUGUUAUUUUCAUAUUUCAUUUAUUAUUGCCAGUGUUUGGACAAUUGAAUUUCAACAAUACUAAUGAUGAAAAAUGUAGUCUAAAUUGUUAUGAACCAAAAAAUCAUACACGAAUAUCAUGUGAAAAUGGUUUUUCAUCAUAUCGAUUGAAACGAUCGAAUCGUAUUAUACUUGAACAUCCUGUUGGCAAACAAAAUCUACCAAAAUCUGUUGAACAUCUUCGAUGUUUAAAAACAUUUAGUUGUCAACGUCCAACGGAUAAACCACCGGCCACUUCAACGUUGACACCGUUUCCUCCAGAUGAAAUCGGUAAUCAUAUUCAAGAAAUCGAUUCCAUUUAUGAACAAAUCAAAAAUGAAUCCCAGUCAAUAACACCGGAUAAAUUGGAAGAAUUUUUAUCCGAUCUGACUGAGAUAAUCAAAAAUAUAACUAUAUCUAAUGUUAAUAUGGCUAAUUUAACAUAUUCAUCAUUAUUGGUUGUCGAUAAUUUACUUGGCCGUUCAGAAACAUGGUUGAAUAUGACCAAUGUACAGCGAUUAAAAAGUUCGGACAAAGUAUUAAAUCUUGCCGAAAAUUUGGCGCUUUUAAUGAAUAAAAAACAAGAAGAAGAACCAUUCGAUGAUCGUCCGAUAGUCGUCAUUGAAUGUUCAAAUGUUUUACUUCAUUCAAAAUAUUCGACAUUACAAUCGAAUCAAUCAUUGAUGUAUGAAUUGAAUAAUACUCGACUUUCAUUACCAUCAAUGAGUCUAUCGAGUAAUUCGACUGAUAAAAUUUCAAUUUCAUCAACGGCAUCUCUCGUAAACAGUAAAAAUCUCAUAUCACAAAUUUGUGGAAACGAUACGAUGAACGAAUUUCAACUAUUAAACACGCCAAUCGUUUCAAUGGUCAUUAAUGAUGAUAAUAAAACAGUUCAUUUCCCUGAACCACAUUAUUUCAAUCUGGAAACAACGAAUUAUGAUCGGCUAAUAUUUGGUGAUAAACCUACAUGUUAUUAUUGGAAUAUAACCGAAAAAUGUUGGUCAACCGAAGGUUGUUAUUAUCGCAAAAUCCAAUCAAAUCGUUCCGCUUCAAUUUGUGAAUGCAAUCAUCUGACCAGUAUUGUCAUUAUUGUCGAUAUUUAUGGUCGAGAUGGUGAUGAUCAAAUAAAAACAUGGCUAACACGUAUUACAUCGACGAUAACCAUUCUUUGUACAAUGAUUGCAUUGUUUAUUUCUUUUCGUUAUAAUCGUGAAACAUUGAAUGUUUUAAAUGAUCAAUUUCGAACGAAAUCAAAUUUAUUUCUACUUAAUUUUCAUAUGGGAAUCUGGUUAGUCGUUUCACAUUUGAUCAUUUUAUUUGGUCUUGAACGUGAAAAGGAUGAACCAAAUUUACUUUGUCAAUCAAUAUCAAUAAUCUUAUUAUUUUCAUUGUUGGCAAUGAUUUGUUUUACAUUUCUAAAAUGUUUUCAUUGUUCAUGGUUUAUUGUGUUUUCACCAUUAGGCGUAGCCAUUUCAUCAAGAAAUUAUCUUCUCAUUGGUUACAUUUCACCGAUGGCAAUCAUUGGUAUUGGUUUAACAUGGUUCUAUUGGACUGAGACUCAAGUUUGGCAAGAUGUACUUGAAUCAUUAUGUGGACGUUAUUUUUGUUGGCUAUCAUCAUAUAGAUAUACAAAACAUAUCUGGCUAUUUCUAGGUCCAUUAUAUGGUCUUUUCACUACGAAUCUCAUACUUUUUGUUUUGAUUAUGUAUCGUUAUUGUACAAGUCCAAUACAUACUAGAUCUUCAAAAACCAAACAUCUUUUUUCCGUCAUGUUGAAUGCAUUUUUAUUUUUCUGUAAUUUUGGUCUUACCUGGUUAUUGGCAAUCAUUUAUAUUAAUGAACAAAUACCUAUUCCAUAUCUAUUCUCAAUAUUAUUCAUUAUAUUGAAUGGUAGUCAGGGAAUAUUCUUAUUGACUGAACAAGUUUUUAGAUUUUUUAAACGAAAAAAUCGUAUCAAACAAACGAAAACAAUGUCGACAAAGAUGCGUACAUCAAUAAGCGUAAAUAGUAGUAAUAUUUCAUAUGGAUCUGGAUCAGGAUCAUUUAAUGAAGUACAAAAAUCAUCAUAUAAUAAAAUCAAUGGCGAUUCAAUUUUAUCAUCAUCACAGCAACAAGAAAUACAACCAUCAUAUCGACGAACAGAAAUGUUGGAAAAGGAAAAUCAUCUGAACGAAAAUGAUGAACAUGAUCACAAUAAUAAUAAUAAUAUUAAUAAACAGAAUCAUCAUAAUCAUUGAUAUAAAAUAA